AUGAGGAAGCUGGCGCGCCCGAGGGCCAGUGGCUGUGCAGGGUCACAGGGCCGCGGUGGCUCCGUCCCCGGUGCGUCCGCGGGGGAACCUUGUCGCUGUCUCCCCUCCUCUGCCCGCUGUCCCCACUCAGCCCAAGGCAGCGGCUGCGUCCAGGGAGCUGUGCGGUGCCGCUGGGUCAGUACCGGGCCCAGCAGGGACGAUGGGGGCUGCCUGCAGCUGUCACCCAGGCCCUGGGAGGGUGGGAGUGGGGCGCUCCGGAGAUCUGGAGUUGUGCAAGCUGGAAACCUGUCAGUGAGCCCCUUGGCUCCGGUCUGCGGACAGGACACAGCUCCGCCUCAGUAG